AUGGUUGGAACACCACCACCAUCGCCAUCGCAUUCAAAAGCAAAGAAUCCUGAUGAAAAUCAAUCAGAAAAUCACUCAAACCUAGAUCCGUUUGAUGUACCAGCGUCGGAUAAUCCGUCGACUGUGCUUUAUUCCCCUGUAUUAACGUGUGACAAUUAUCCUACUUGGUCGAGAGGAAUUUCUAGGGAUCUAAGAGCCAAGAACAAAUAUGGUUUUGUUGACGGUACAAUCAACAAACCAGAAGCUUCUGAUGAUAAACUUCCUUCAUGGAUUCGUGCCAAUAAUUUGGUUUAUAUUUGGAUUGCCAAUUCUUGUGAAGCUGAAAUAAAACGCAGCAUCAGUUGGAUCGAAAGUGCUAGGGAUAUUUGGAUUGAUCUCGAAGAUCGAUUUUCUGAAACAAAUACGCCUAGAAUAUUUGACCUAAAACGUCAUAUCUGUAAUCUGAAACAAGAGGAUUUUAGUAUCUCUUCUUACUAG